AUACGCGCAUGGUAUAUUAUUCAAUGUUGCUUAUAAUUCUCUAUAUAUAGGUAUAGGUACUCGUUGCGAACGCCAGCCAUUAUCGCUCGUCGGUCAACAAUAAUUUCAACAACGAUACAGCAACCAGCAGCAGAGUGAGCUGUUCCAGGUGACUGCUGGAGAUGAGAUAGGUACGGAUAUCACCGAGCAGAAGACUACCCAUAUAUACAAGGAGCAAACCCGAGGACUUUGUUCAGUCGUGUUAAAUCAUAAGACCCAAUAAUGUAUUCAAUGUAUUCAAUUGCAUUCACAGCAGUAUGUUUAAUCAUUUGUUCGUGUCUGCGUCCGACCAUUUAUGCCAAGGAAAUCAAUCGACCGGUUAAAAACGACGACGACUGUUCGCUAUGGGUGGCCGAAAAAAACCAGUCCAAAAUGCCCAUACCGUUCACGAGCAACGGCAAACAGUACGCGAUCAUCUAUCCGGAUGAAAAGGGCAGGCUGCACGCGGAGAAAGGGCGCAGUUUCAAGCUGUCGUGCGCCACUGCCAAGUUCGCGUCGAGCGAACUGCGGCGGGACGAUUCCUCCGACGCGUUGGUCACGUGCGUCGGCGGCGACGUGCUCGCGUACCGAGGCCAGACGUACCGGUACGCCGCCUUCCAGUGCGACGGCAUGCCCAAGUCGGAGCUCCGCGUCACCGACGAAGUGUGCCAGCCGGCCAACUACACCGUGGCCGUGGUCGGUUUCCGGACGGAUCGCGCGUUCCUCCGGCUGUACGGCAUGUGCUUCGACAAGUCGACCAAGAACAGCCUGUACACUUGGUACGACGCCCGGUCGCCGUACUACGACAACCACCAGAAGUAUAGCAAGCGACCGUCGUUCAACAAAACCAAAGAGCUGUACGGCAACACGGACGUGAACAAGAAAUACACUUUCAAAGAACAGAGAAACACGGUGGCGACAAUACUCAGAUCGGACGAACUUGCGGAUAAGUACAUAAGGAAUGAUAAUAAACACUUCCUGUCCCGGGGCCAUUACGCAGCCAAAGUUGACUUUUUCUUUGCUUAUGAACAAACAGCAACGUUUUACUAUGCGAACGUUGCCCCGCAGUGGCAGAUCUUCAACGGUGACAUGUGGGCCGAUCUGGAAUCGACUACCCGGUCAAAGUUGAGCAAGGAAAACGGCACCAGACACGUGAUCGUCACCGGCACGUACGAAGUGUGCACGCUGCCCGACGUGGACGACAUCCAACAACCACUGUACCUUGACCUGCCCCGUAGCAUACCCGUGCCGCUGCUCUACUGGAAGCUGUACUACGAUGUGGACACGGAGGACGGCAUCGUGUAUAUCGGUCUCAACAACCCCUACAAGGAGAUCGACGACAGCGUGUACAUAUGUCCUAACACAUGUCCGGACGGUUACCAUGGUCGCGGUUACCAGGGCCGCGAUCCCCAAAAUCAUCCAUCAGAGACCGAACCAGACCGCGGUCACCGGAACGACCCCGAACCGGACGCCAACGACGGGCUCAUCUACUGCUGUACCAAAGAGUCAUUCGAAGAUGCUUACGGCAAGCUGGACCCAAUCGUAUACCGACAGCUCAUGUGAACACAAAAAAAAACAUUAAAUCCUAACUACAGCACCACGUGCUAUAUAGUUACUUACCUAUAGGUAGC